GAUGUUGCAAACUGUCACAAAUAACAGGCUUGCUAUGAGGCCUUAUUGCAUUUGUUUGUCAGAACAAGUUAAUUUGCUACGGAGAUCUGYUGAGUGUCCCACUGGCUGGACUGCAAUCAACGAUCGCUGUUUCCGCUUUAUUAACGAUGGCAAGACUUGGGCUGCAGCUGAGAAACACUGUCUGUCCUUGGGGGCAAAYCUUGCAUCAGUUCACAGCCAGGAGGAUAACCAUGAGCUUCAAACUCUGAUAWUUAUGGCAACUCAAAAGUCCAAAGAACUGGAAGCCUGCGUUUGUUUUUCAUCAGCAUAUUCUGGCUGGACCCAAACAAUCUGUCCUACUGGCUGGACUACGAUCAAGAAUCGCUGCUUUCUCUAUGUUCCCGAUUACAAGACAUGGGGGGAAGCAGAGAAAAACUGUCAGUCCAUGGGGGCAAAACUUGCAUCAGUUCACAACAGUGACGAGUACCGUCAGGUUCAGAAUAUGAUAGCUGCAGCAGAUCACAUGUCCAAASAAGCAUGGAUUGGAGGCUCUGAUGCACAGCAGGAGAAGACUUGGCUUUGGAGCGAUGGAAGCCCGAUGACCUACACAAACUGGUGUCCAUGGCAGCCUGAUAAUGCUGGAUUCUCCCAGCACUGCCUACAGAUGAACUAUUCAGGUAAAAAGUGCUGGGAUGACAUGUGGUGUGAUYACCGUCAGCCUUAUGUCUGUGCCAAGAAACUCUGAUCACACUGACGUUCCCAAAGAGGCUUGAAGUGUAAAACAGAACCAGUGGAGGAUGAAUGCAAGGAGUUUCUGUUUACCUGCCUUUUUGCGCCUUCAUAGAAAACCCAAAAGAUAUUUCUGCAUUUUUUUCUUCAUAAAAUUUCUGUCUUUAAUGCAACCUAAGGAAUGAAGCGACAAGCAAACAGCAGCUGGAUUGUCUCUCUGUAAUAAGAUCAGACUGAAUGAGUUAUAAGAAAAGAUCAUCUAAGCAAAACUUUCUUCUGUUCUUUGGCUUAGCAAGAAUAAAACUUUGAGGAAUCAAAACAA